AUGACCGGAAUUUUGUUGUUCCUUUUAAUAGUUGUUCUCGUGUAUUUAUUUUACAAGUGGUCAACAUCAACUUAUGAUUUCUUUCGAAAACAAGGAAUUCCUUUCCGGAAGCCAGUUCCUCUUCUAGGAUCAAAUGCUAAUAUGUUUAUCAGAAGAAAGCCUUUUCAUGAAAUAAUUGACGAAUGGUUUCAUGAGUUUGAGAAUGAGAAAGUUUCCGGGCUAUUUGAAUUCCGUCGACCAGUUGUUCUUAUCAGAGAUCCUCAAAUAAUCAAGCAACUUACAGUUAAAGAUUUCGAUCAUUUUAUGGACCACCGUGUGUUGAUUACUGAGGACAUCGAUCCAUUGUUUGGCAAGAAUCUUGUAUCACUCAGUGGUCAGAAAUGGAAAGACAUGCGAGCUACUUUAUCACCUGCAUUUACUGGCAGCAAGAUGCGUCAAAUGUUCGACUUUGUAAGCACUGUGGCAAUCCAAACAUCUGAAACACUCAAAAAAGACAUCCAAAAUGGAAGUGAAAAUAAUUUUGAAUUCAAAGAUUUUGCAUCUAAAUUUACAUGCGAUAAUAUUGCAAGCUGUGCUUUUGGAAUUGAAGUUAAUUCUUUUAAGAAUCCAACAAAUGAUUUUUAUAGAAUCGCAAAGAAAGUCACGAAUUUUGCUAGUCUUAAAGUUGGUCUUAAAUUUGCUGGCUAUCUUGCAUUUCCUGGUCUGAUGAAGGCAUUAAAAAUAAAAUUGUUGGAUAAAGAAAGCUGUGACUUUUUUAAGGAAGCAAUUAUUGAGACAAUGCGAACUAGAGAAAAGUUGGGAAUUGUUCGUAAGGACAUGAUCAACUUGAUGCUUGAAGCAAAGAAAGGAAAACUUGUUCACAACAACAACAAUGAAGAUUCAAGCAUUGAUGGAUUCGCUACAGUUGAAGAAUCUCAUGUUGGGCAGUCACAAGUGACUAGAAAAUGGGAUGAAAUGGAUUUGGCUGCUCAAUGCUUUAUUUUCUUUUUGGCUGGUUUUGAUACUGUCGCUCAAACUAUGAGCUUUGUAGCUUAUGAGCUUGCUUGCAAUCCAGACAUCCAACAAAGAUUAUACGAAGAAAUUCUCCAAACAGUCAAUGAGAUCGAUAAUCAGAAAAUCAACUAUGAACAACUUCAAUCCAUGAAGUACCUUGAUCAAGUGAUCUCAGAAACUCUUCGAAAAUGGCCAGCAGCACCGAUUACAGAUCGUCUGUGUACAAAAGAUUUUGAAUUGAAAUAUGACAACAAAGCGAUAAAGUUUGAAAAGGAUGUGAACACUUUCUUAAUUCCAAUGUGGAUGUUCCAUAGAAGUCCAAAAUACUUCCCAAAUCCAGAAAAGUUUGAUCCUGAAAGAUUCAAUGAUGAGAAUAAGCACAAAAUUCAAGACUUCACUUACUUGCCAUUUGGUGCUGGGCCAAGAAACUGCAUUGGAAGCAGAUUUGCAUUGAUGGAAGUUAAAACAAUUUUCGUUUAUUUACUGUUGAACUUCAGCAUUGAAGUUACCGAGAAGACUCAGAUUCCAUUAAAGUUUGAAAACCUUCCGUUCCAAAUGAGACCAGAAAAGGGAAUUUGGGUUGGAUUAAAACCCAGAACUUAAUACAAUAAAUAAUCUGAAAGAAAUUGAUUGAUUUUUUUCUAAUGUAAAUUUCAUUAUUAUUGGUGAAUGAACCUUAUAAACUCAAUAAACAGUAAAUGUCAAACAGCUGACUUAUCUCUGAACUUGAAAACUUUACAUGUGAUUUAUUCAAUCAAAUAAAUAAAUUGACUGAGAAUUUUCGUUUUUAGAAUUUGAGAAUUAAAAUAAAAUUCAGAGAGCGAAUGCGUGUGCAGUAAACAUUCAGUCGUUGAAGACACAACAAACAUUUUUAUUUUGCUCGUUGAAUAAAUUGUUAAGAAGAUGACUGGAGUUUUGUUGUUUUUGUUGGCUGUGCUUGUAGUUUUCAUCUUCAAAUGGUCCACAUCAACAUUUGAUUUCUUUCGGAAACAAGGAAUUCCUUACAGAAAGCCAGUUCCAUUUUUUGGAACAUAUUUGAAUGUAUUUAUGAAGUUAAAACCUUUUAAUGAAAUUCUUCAUGAUUGGUUUUACGAAUUUGAGAAUGAAAA